AGUUACUGCUGCUGCGGUUUGGGCGAAGUCCAGAAGGAGAGAAACAGUGCGGCAGACUACAGCCACUCACCUCCAGACAGUUGUCGUGUUUUGUUGGAAUUAAACGGAUAUUAUCCUCAGCGAACUGAACUGGACCAAACGGGCAUCAAGAAAAGAACCAACUUUGGCCGUUUUAAGCCUUUCUUGGUUCCUUGAGUGAGAGAAAGGGCUGCUUGGCAAGAGGAAGCACUGAAACAGCUGGUGAAGCAUUCGGCGGAUCAACCGUGGAUCUUUGCAGGACCUCGUCACAUGGGAGUGCGCGUCCGCACGCGUGAGGGUGUCCUGUCGCCGUCCUGUCGCCCGCUGUUCCUGGACCGACAUGGCGGGCGGCCGAGAACGCAGUUCACGAAUACAGAGACCAUGGUCGGUGUACCGGGCCAACACCUUUGAGCUUUCCAGCGAGAUGAUUGGCCUGGCACUCGCAGGAAAUAGUCAGGACCCAGAUGAGCCUGUUUUGGAGUUCAGUAUUGCCUGCACAGAGCUGGCGACUCCUGCUGUAGAACGAAAACCCAACAGCUUUGUAGCAGUGAGCUGCACAACCCCGCCACAGGCCUUCUGGACCAAACAUGCCCAGACUGAAAUCAUUGAGGGAACCAGUAACCCCAUGUUCCUCAGCAGCAUGGCCUUCUUCCAGGACUGCAACAUCAGCCCACAAACGCAGGUCAAGCUGGCCGUGUACGAUGUAAAGGACCGCUCGCAGGGCACGAUGUACAUGUUGGGAUCUGCGCUUUUUGCUGUGAAGGAACUUCUGCAGGAGAAAAGCCACAGAUUAGAGCUCGAACUGCGAUCGGCAGAGAACGAACGGGUUGGAAAGGUCACGGUCGCUGCGUGGCAGAUGGAGGAGAGGACCGAUCAUAGGAUGUCUGUUAGAAGUCUGCCAGAGAGCAUCAAUGGCCGAACGGUGCUGCCCGUCGACGAGAGCCUGACUGAGUCGAUGGGAGUCCGGAUCAAGUACGCCUCGCUGUGCAAAGACAGCCUGCUGCGUUCAGUGUUUGGAGGCACUAUGUCCAGGAUGUACCGUUUCCCAACCACUGACGGGAAGCACCUGCGGGUCCUGGAACAGAUGGCCGAGAGCGUCCUGUCCCUCAACAUUCCCCGACAGUUUGUUAAGCUGCUGCUGGAGGAGGACGCUGCCAGGGUGUGUGAGCUGGAGGAGCUGGGAGAGUUAUCUCCCUGCUGGGAGAAUCUACGGCAACAGAUCGUGUCCCAGUACCAGUCCAUAAUACUUGCAUACCAGGAAACGCUAUCUGACCUCAACAACUACAGAGGUCCCUCGUUCAAAGCUAGUAACCUGAAAGCAGACAGGAAGCUGGAAUUCAUGUCAACCAACCUCCACGUGCAAAGGAUGAGGGUGCAGGAUGAGCUGGGCUUCGAGCACACCUAUGAUGUGAUAACGAUUGGAGCUCCUGCUGCUCAUUGCCAGGGGUUUAAAAGUGGCGGCCUCAGGAAGCUCAUCCAGAAGUUCGAGGAGGCGAAGAAACACGUUUAUGAGGAGGGCUGCAGUGCUCUCUCCAGCUCGCAGUCCAUCGUCUACAUACCCCAGGAUAUUGUCCGAGCAAAAGAGACCAUUGCUCACAUCAACACUCUGAAGACUCAGGUCAACUACUACGCUGAAAGGCUUUCCCGAGCCGCCAAAGACCGAUCGGCCAGUGGACUGGAGAGGACACUCACAAUUCUGACUGAUAAGACUCGUCAGUUGGUGACAGUGUGCGACUCCAAAUUGCUGGCUUCGGCCAUCCAGGCUCUAAACGCAGCUCGGCCCGAGUACAUUGCCUCCAAAGCAUCUCCUACCACUGAACCAGAACAAGUGGUCCUCCGCAAUGACCAGGACACUCUGCUCGCCAAGUGGAGCGGUCGCAACAGUCAGUCUUUAUUGCAUGUGGACUGGCACGAAGAGGAGUGGGAGAAGGUUUGGGUAAAUGUGGAGAAGUCUUUGGAGUGCAUCAUUCAGCGUGUGGAUAAGCUGUUACAGAAAGAGAGGAGACCCAGUAGCGGUAGUCUGGACAGUAUCCAGCAUGACCAGCAGGGUGGCAGCAGUAAGAAAGGCGAGGAUAAGAGACGAGCUUUCUGGAUCAACCCAGGAAGUUUGUCACAGGACUCAUUACCAUCACAACCACGUCCACCAUCCUCAUCGCUGCCACCAUACUCUUCCUCUUCGCCUGCCCUCUCCUCAUCUGCACGACCCCUCAGCCCUGAAAAGGAAAAGUGUAUGUUAGAUGGAAGCCCAAGUGCAGAGGAGGCAUACCCAGGUGAGUGGAGCGAGGCACUGUACCCGCUCCUCACCACGCUCACUGAGUGCGUCACCAUGAUGAGCGACAAGGCCAAGAAGUCCAUGGUGUUCCUGCUCAUGCAGGACAGCGCCCCCACCAUAGCCAUGGACGUGUCGCUACAGUACCGCCGGGACGUCGUUUUCUGCCAGACGCUCACUGCACUGAUCUGCGCCUUUGUCAUUAAACUGAGGAACUGUCUUCGAGAUAACGGUUUCCUACGGCAGCUCUACACUAUCGGCCUGCUGGCUCAAUUCGAGUCCCUGCUCAGCACCUAUGGAGAGGAGCUCGCCAUGUUGGAGGACAUGAGCGUCGGCGUCAUGGAUCUGCGUAAUGUCACCUUCAAGCUCACCCAGGCAACUGGUAGCUCUGCCCCCGACAUGCUGCCAAUCAUCACAGGCAACAGGGACGGCUUCAAUGUACGCAUUCCGCUGCCGGGCAGCAUGUUCGAUGCGUUGCCGCGGGAGAUCCAGAGUGGAAUGCUGCUGAGGGUCCAGCCGGUGCACUUUAACGUCGGCAUCAACGAGCAGCAAACGCUGGCCGAGAAGUUUGGUGACACAUCCCUCCAGGAAAUCAUCAACGUGGAGAGUCUCUCCAGGCUGAACUCAUACUACGAACAGUUCAAAGAAGUUCUUCCUGAGGACUGCCUUCCAAGGUCUCGUUCCCAGACUUGUCUCCCUGAGCUGCUGAGGUUUUUGGGCCAGAACGUCAAUGCCAGGAAGAACAAGAAUGUGGACAUUCUCUGGCAGGCUGCAGAGAUUUGCCGUCGGCUGAACGGCGUCCGUUUCACCAGCUGCAAGAGCGCCAAAGACCGCACAGCCAUGUCAGUCACACUGGAGCAGUGCCUGAUCCUGCAGCAUGAGCACGGCAUGGCGCCACAGGUCUUCACACAGGCACUAGACUGCAUGCGCAGCGUUGGGACAAGGGAAGGGGUGAUCCAGAAGAACCUGAGCGGCUUGCUGCCGGUGCGCGACCUGCGUCUGGACCCCAGCCUCAUGUACUCCCUGCCACUGUUGGCUCUCAGCCCCAACCUGCUGGUGGUGUGGAUCUUCCUCAGCAUGGCGUAUUUCUUGGCCAAAGUCCGCUGCAGCUGAGCCCCAUGAUCAGGGCCUGCCCGUUUUCUGAAACUAUGCCACCUUCCUGUGAGCGUGCAGUCCAUGCACACGCUAUUGAACCUUAACGAAGGGCUUUUCACAACCCCAGUCAAGCUUCUUCAUUGAACAAAAAACAGAGUUUUCCUUCUUAUCUUCCUGCUUUUGCUGAAAGUGAGGCAUCAGGCGUGUGAUUUACCAUUUAAAGUCGGAUUUUAGUUUCUUAUUUUCAUAUUUUCUGUCCUAAAUGUUGCCUUGUGAACAGUCAUCCCUGUGCUUAGUCACUAAACUACAAUGUUUUGUCAUUAAAAAUUUUUUUGGAGUGAUUAGUCAAACAAGAAAUGCUAUAAAACAAAGCUGCUUAAUGAUGGAUGAUGUGUAUUAUGGGAACAUGCAAUAGAAAAAGGCAUUUGUAAAUCAGAUGUAAUGGAUAUUUUUAGCAAACGCCACCCUCUGGUGGCUUGAUGUUACUCUGCCUUAUUUCUCACAAAUAACAAAACAUGUACAGAUGCAUUCAGAGGUUUCACUCAUCUUUGGCACGAAUAUCUUUCUAUAUAUUUUUUGUUUUAUCCCGUUUCAAUCAUCUCACUGUUGGUUUGAGGUCAGGUAGAUGAAUUUGAAAGCAUACCUGCUUCGUUAUUCCAUCCAGUAUGUGGGAUUGUGCACUACCACUUCAUCCUGAUGCAUGGUGAUGGCUUCAAAAAGAGAGGUCAAAAUGCAACCUGCUGUGGGACAAAUAUGAAUGGGCGUAUAUUUGGGCCAGUAUGUGUCAUUUUGACUCUGCAUAGAUUAGAGACAAUCUAAAGGAAAUUCUCACUUGUGCACUCAGUGAAAGAUCACGACUGUUUGUUGUCUAAUCAUUCCGCCCUGGAGAAAACAAAAUCAACUAAAUCAUUCAAGAAUGAAUAUGACAUUCAUGCCCACGGUGAGUGGAUGUAAACUUCUGGCCAAAACUGUACAAAAUUGCUGUACAUUUGUGAGUUUUGUUAAAGUGUAUAAAUUAACCCUAAAAUAUAGAGAUUGUGCUUCAGGAAGAACCGAUAGUAGCUUCUAAUAUGAAAACAAAUAUAUAUAAAACAGCUUUAUCCAUUUGAGCAUUCAUAGUCUUCCAUGUGCUUUGGCACUCAGCUUGUGAACUAAUGUAGAUGAACCUAAAGCUUUUAUGCAACCAUGCUUAAGCUCAAGUAUAUUUAUAUUCUUUCAGUCUGGAUUUUAUUUUUAAUAAGUCUUUCUGGUUUUAUAGAAAAUUGGAGGCAUUUUGCUUCCACCUCAUAUUGUGCACUUUACAGCAGAUCUGGUUCACUUACUGAGUUUAACCACAACUAUACCCAUGUUGUGAGGCUGGAUAAAGAUGUAGGAGUGGAGGACAACAGCAUUGUUUAAAUCAAACAUAUAACAAGCAUUUCAUUUACUUUAAAAAACAAUCUGGCUUGUUAAAUUGGUAUCAUUUUGCCAAAUGAGAUAAGUGAACCACAUCUGGUUAUUAGCUUUCUUAGCAAAGCAGUCGUUGCAGAUUGUAGGAUAUCCAGGUGAAAUGUGUUUGAUUAUCCGAAGUAGUGCUGCAGGUUGUAUACCCUCCAAAGCAUUUAUGUCUACAAGCUUUAGCUGCAGUUGUGAAAAGUAAAGGAACUUAUAUAGUUUUUUAUGCAACACAAUGUUUGAACUCUUGAUAGAUAUAUUCAUGCUUGUACCAAAUACUACAGUCAGGUUCUAUUGCAGCAUCUGUACGCAAACAUUUGAUAGAUGCAGCAUUUUUUGCAUUAACCCAGUGAGCCUCCUCCUGACUAUUUUGUUUUCUUCUUUUUUUUGUCCCAGAAACAUUUUUUCUUUUGUUUUAGUAAACACUGCUGGUUCCUGAAUGACAAAAUGGCCUAAAAACAAAAACUGAAAUAGACCGAAACAAAUCCAGAUAAUCGUACAAAUAAAGACUCAAAUCUAUUUAGUAGAAGUGUUUGGUAUUUGCAAGACUGCAAAUGUUGCAAAAAUAAUUUAUUUAAAUAGCUUAUUACUGAAUGAAUUAUUAAACAGUUUUAUAAAUAUAUUUAUAGAAAAAUUACAAAGAAUAAUGUUAAUAAAAUUUAUAUUUCUAAUUAAAAUAUAUUGCAUAUAUCUGUUGUGAAAAAAUUACAAAGUGUAUAAUAUUAUUUUAAGCUUGUAUCUCAGCUCAAUCCAAUUUUCCAGAUAAUACAGAAGACAGAACUGUACCACAAAUUAUUCUAUUUGCAAAAAAGAGGAUGAAUUGUGUGUUUGUUAUAUUUUAGGACACUAAAAGCUUUUAGCUUUACCUGGAAGGCUGCUAUUUAAAAAUCAAUAUCUUGGCCUGUGAAGCAGCACUUUGCCUCCCUUGAGUGUUAAGAAUCCAUAUCAUCAAGAUCGACCCAGUAAGGAGAUGGAUCAGGCCAAAUUAGCCUCCCUGGGAGUUUACUGGCUCUCAUGACAUGCUAGCAUUCACAUACACUGACCGGUAAUCAAUUAUCUGGUUUCUGAAAGUAUAAAAUGCUUCUCUCUAUUCUUAUAGCUAACAGAUAAUGUUGACCCCAUGCUGUGCUAGCGUGGUAAACUGUAAACCCUACUAUAAUUUCAGCAUAUAGUUUUCACUUCAUUCAAAUAGGUCAUGUGUUCAUUUAUUUUUAUUUUUUUUCACAAGAAUUAAAAUAAUGCUGUGGAGUGUAAUCCUGAUAAACCUGACUAUAAAUUUACCAUCAGCACCUAGUUAGCUGAAUCAUGCUAACUUUAUGGACUGCAACUUAUGUUUAGGAAUUUUAUUUUGUGUCAUUUAAAAUAAACGAAUAAAUUGUUUAGUAAGAGUUUAUGUGCUUGUCAGUUGAGAUUGUUUAUGUCAGAAAAGUUGUUAGAAGGUUCCCUUCCUCAUGCAGUUUCCUGCCUUUUGCGAUAUUUGUGUGCCGCUCUUAGCAUAUUAGCUUCACAUUUUUUGGAUGGAAAAACGGAUGGAAGGGGGCACAUCAGGAUUAGCAUAAUCUAUGUAUAGUCAAAUUACAAUUAUCAGGACAUUUAAAACAAAGAAAAAUCCACUAUUUAAAACCAAAUUUAAAACCUAGUAUGUCUAAAAACAGCUAAAUGGUUGCUGUUUUUUAAGUGUAGCUAGCUUAUUGGCAAGUUAACCUGAUAUUUUUCUUAAGAACCAACAGAAUAAAUAUUUGAACACUUAAAAGCAAAACAAAAAAUUAAAAAUUAAUUACAAUUAGAAAAAACAGAGGCAAUGAUAAUUAACUACUCAGCUAAUGGGUUAGGGAGUAGUUUUGUUUUAAAUACUAUUUUGAAAGUAGAAAAUGAAAAAUACACUUUUUAAAAAACUACUUAAUCACCUCUUGUGUUUACAAGAUUACUGGGUCGUUCUUGAUCUGCAGACCUACCUCUGUAAGGUUUAUUACCAGUUAGCAUUUAUUAAACUAACAGAUACAAAAACAUGUUUUAAUAUAAUAUAUAUAAUAUAAUUAAUAAUGUAACAGCUGUUAAAAAGUGAGGUGGAAAUGAGUGUUUAAGAAGAAAUUUCAAUUUCAGAUAUAUUAUUUAUUAACUAUCCAUCUUUAAAGCUACAUUACAGUAAAGUGCUUCCUAAAGGUUUCAGGUACAUUGUUGUUUCAUGGACCUGAAGGAGAAUUGUCUUAAGGUUUUACACUCUUUCUUUUUGUUGUUGUUUUUGCAGAUCUAUAAGGUAAUAUAUUUGUAUUGUGUUUUAAGAAUUGUUUUAAGUGCUUGUACUGCCUCAAUACUUUGUUCAUAAUUUUGUCUGUAAUAUUUAUUAUAAAUCUGUAAAGGAGUAUAUGCAUAUAUCAGUAUUUAUAUGUCGAAUAUUAUGCUUGUGCCAUAUUUCUCCUGCUCUUGUCAAUUUAUUUCAUAGCUAUGUGUAUCUGUUUUUACUAUCUUGUUAAUUUUAAUAAUUGUUUUUAAUUUUGUGGUAUUUUCUUGUGUGACUGAAUUACUCCACAGAUUGCAGGUAUUUGUUUAACUCUAAGCCUUAUUGUCAGAUAUCAUACCUUUUAUUUUGGGGAUGUUUGACUUUAAAUGUAACAUUAAUUAUAUAAUUAUUACAAUCCUCAUUUCUGACUAUAAACAGUUAAUAUUCUGAAAUUCACUAAUUGUAUUAACAGAAAAAUAUUCUGCAGAGCUAUUUUUAAUUAGAUUUUUAUAGCGAUUUGUGCAGAAUGUAAUUUCAAGAUAAACAUUUUGUUAUUUUGUUGCUUUUCAGGUUUCACUUUUGUUGAUUUAUUCCAGUGGUAACAGUCAUAUUCCAGCUGCACUCAGACAUAUUACUGUAUAGAAAAUUCCGUUUUUUUAGCUACGCCUCAAAUUAGUGUCACUUUAAUGUCUAAAGUCUUGCUUUGUCAAGCACCCACAUUGCUUUAAAUGUACCACAAAUUCAAGAUAACCCUCUGUCUAUGUGCCCUUAUAGUCAUAACGCUGCUGAAAUAAAUGUAUUGUGCCUCCACUAGCAAAAUAUAAACAAACUUCAGUAAUAUUGCUUGUUUUUUUUUUUUUUUUUUUUGUUGAUUUAUUUUUUUCAGUAUUUAAGUGUCAAGUUUCAUUUUCCUUGUUGCGAUUACAUACAGAUGUAUUUCUGUUCGAGGCUCUUGUUAAUUGCACUUUUGACAGCAUAAUUAUAGAAUGUUUUUUUUUUCUAUUCGUCUUGUUGUUUUUUACAUUAUGAGGCUAAAUUGAAAAAGUUUCAUCAUGGCAAUAUUCAUGGGGAAAAGAACUAGGUAACCUAUCAUCUAGCUGGCCAGCUAUUUACUAGCUACAUGACAAGUUAUAAAUAGAUAAUUUUACAUUUUAAUUUAAAAGCCCAGUUUUUCUAACUUUCUAGCUAACAAACUAUCAAAUAUUGUUUGCUAACCAGUUAUAGAUGGGCAUUUAGAUGUCAUAUUUUCCAGCUAACUUAAAAAAUAUCAUAUAUUUUGAAAAUGUAUUUUGCCUUGCCCACCUGUUCUAACUAUCUAGCAAGUAAUAAAUAAGCAUAGCAUGCUAAUUAAGUUAAAAAAAACACACAUUUCAGCUCACUAAAUCUUUCUCGCUGAAUUGUUGUGCUAUCUAGUAAAUUUGUAACUAACUAUAUAAACAAUUUGCUAAAUAAAUAUUUUAUAAAAUAAAUAAUUAAUAAUAAUAAAAGGUUAAUAGAGAUAACUUGUAUAGCUUGUAACAGGGAGGCUAGCUAUAAAAUUGAAGGACAUUUACCUCCAUAAAAUUGGGAAAAACUCACUAAUGUCUUGUAUAAGCCUGUAAAGAACUAAGAGAUAAAAAAGAAGUUAUGGAUUAAUUUUUAUAUGUUAAUCCAUAUAAAUAUAGCUAGCUAGUAGCACACUAGCAAGCUUGGAACAAGGUAGCUAUGUAGAUACCUUAUGGAAUGACAUUCAAAACCAGUAUAGUUAAACAUCCCAAUUUAGCUAACUUGUUCCCCCUAGUAAUGUAAAUGCUGCAUCUUGCUACCUUUGAUCAAAUUACAUCACAAUCUUUCACGCUAGAGAGAUAGACAUGAAGUUAUAGAUGGACAUUUAAAUGUUAUCCGUCCGUCUGCAUGCCUGUCGCUAAAUUGUUUUCAGUUAAAAAGUUCUUCCAUUAAGCACUUCAUGUUGCCUGUGCUGUACAUGAAAAGCUCUAUAUAAAAAUACUGCCUGAUAGAUUGUAACAAGCUAGCUUGCUAAAUAAUAAUAUUACUUAACAUUUUAGUGUUAUAUAUAUUAAAAAGGUAAUCCCACGUAAAUUUGCAAAAAGCUAGAUUGUCAUUUAGCAAGUUGGAGAGAAAAACGUUAAUAUCGUACAUUGAUGUCAGCCCAAAUCUUCAUAUAGGUGCCUUUAUAUUUCCAUGAUUUAACUGUUUUUUAAUAUUCCUUAUUUGUUGAUUACAAUAAUGUUCAUAAGAUAGCUGAGAAUGUUUGUGCAUGUUGGACCAGUUGUAAUACGUACCUACAGUAUGUUUUGUUACAGCACCAUAAUCCUUUCUGUCUCCCCGUUUAUUUUGUCUUCACAGCGAGGGCUGCAGACGG